AUGCACUUCACUAAGACCCUCGCCUCUGUGGCCGCUUUCAGCAUGACUGCUUAUGCCGCUCUCCCCGUUGCCAGUAUUGAGUUCCUCUCUUGGGAAUCGUGCGAUGUCGGCGCUCCCGCCCUCGGCCAGUCCAAGUUCUCUGCUGAUGUGACUGCCACCCCCGUCACCUGUGACAAGACCACCGUCAACCGUGACUGGAGCAUCGAUAACUACUCUUUCCGCGCCCGCCUUGACACCAAGGAUGCCCUGUUUUGCAGCGGUGUGGCUAUCUGGAACAACGAUGGUUGCUCCGGUAGACCCGAUCACUUCCUUCCCUUCAACUACAGCCCCAUCGCUGAGGGCGAGUGUAUCCCUGAUAUCCUUGAACCUGGCUAUGUUUCCGUCAAGCUCAUUUGCGAGGGGUAUCCCGAGGGAUUAUAG